GAAAAUUUAAGCUCUGUAUUGAUUUGUUUUUGGCAUAAUGGCCAAUGGACCCCAUCACCAUGUAAAUGUAGUUUGUCGUUGUUCGCAGCUCUCUCUCGCUUUUCUCUAGGUUCAGACUUGCGUUCUUUUUUUGUUUCGAUUAAGCAAGCAGGUUAGGAGAAAAAUUGUUAAAGGUAUAGUUCCGACGGCUUAGCUAAAACUUCUAAGGUCUUGGCCUGGCUCGUGUAGUUCAUCGCUUCUUAGGGCAACUUAAAUGAACUAUGGCACACAUUGUCGAUUGAUGUUGGAACGUUGGCCAGAGUAUCAUGGUAGAUGAAGCGCAAAUGGGAGAUUUAUAAACUUGGAGUUUGUUUUUGCAGUUUAACUUGGAUUUUGCCAUGUAACUCCUCUCUUUUGUUUAAGCAGGAAUCCGCCGAGUAUUUCCCUUGUUUUUAAUCACUACUAACUUCUUUGAAAUGGGUGCACACUGACUAUCUUGAAGCUGGCGCUGAUAUUAUUAUCACCGCUUCAUACCAGGCUACCAUUCAGGGAUUUGAGGCAAAGGGAUACACUACCGAGGAAGGUGAAACCAUGCUCAGGAGAAGUGUGGAGAUCGCAUGUGAGGCAAGGGAAGCCUAUACCAAAAGGUGCAAAGAAGCUCAACAUGACAUUGAUAGUAGUGGCAAAGUCUUGAAGCAGCGGCCCAUUAUAGUUGCUGCUUCUGUUGGCAGCUAUGGAGCUUAUUUGGCAGAUGGAUCAGAGUACAGUGGAAUCUAUGGUGAAGCUGUUAACUUGGAGACCUUGAAGGAGUUUCAUCGCAGAAGGGUUAAAAUCUUGGCAGAAUCUGGUGCUGAUCUCAUAGCAUUCGAAACCAUUCCAAAUAAGGUGGAAGCUCAGGCCUAUGUUGAGCUCUUAGAGGAAGAAAACAUUGAAGUUCCUGCAUGGUUUGCUUUUAACUCCAAGGACGGAAUCAAUGUUGUUAGUGGUGACUCUUUGAUUGAAUGUGCCACUAUAGCAGAUAGAUCCAAGAGAGUUGUGGCCGUUGGGAUCAACUGUACACCUCCUAGGUUUAUCCAUGAAUUGAUAUCAUCCAUUAGAAAGGUAACAACCAAACCAAUCCUUAUAUAUCCGAACAGUGGGGAAUGCUAUGAUGCAGAAAUAAAGGAGUGGGUGCAUAACACAGGGGUUUCUGAUGAUGAUUUCGUAUCAUAUGUAAACAAGUGGUGUGAUGCAGGGGCUUGCCUGGUUGGAGGUUGUUGUAGAACAACUCCUAAUACCAUCAGAGCCAUCUACAAAACCCUUGCCAAUAGAUCAACCGAUGCACCGAUGUAGAGCACACUUCAAGUUUGAACGAGACAGAAACCGUUAUGAUAGUAUUAGGGUCCGGAUUUUUCAGCACACUUAUCGACACAAGAAUAUUAUCAGGGACUGGGGUUAGCAGUACGAGGGGGCUUGAUUGGUUAAAUUUUGUGCCUCUACUACACAAUGACCAAAAAAUGCUGCGACUUAAGCUACGUCUUUUUCUUUAAUUUAGUUCUGUAUUUCAUGGCCCCUUAAUGAAGCGGAUGAUUCUUCAUGUAUUGAAUCUUUCCCACUUGUCAUUAUGGAGGAUUCAGUU